AUGGCGCCGGACAGAGGGAUACCGUCCGGAUCUUCCGAGAACUGGAACGAAGACAUGAGCACGCCCAGUGACGAUGAGCAUGGCCUGGAGCACGAGACCAGUCGCAGUAUCGCACAGGAGCCCAUCGGCCAAGAGCCAGACGCUGCAUUUCUGGCGAAAAGGAGCGAGCAGCCCCAGUUCACAGCCAGGGCACUAUUCACGGGGAUCUUGAUUGGUAUACUCAUCGCCUUUUCCAACACCUACUUUGGUCUGCAAACCGGAUGGGUAUCUUCCAUGGCCAUGCCGAGCGCGUUGAUCGGAUUCGCGUACUUCAAAGGUCUUCGAACGUUUGCUGAUAGAAUGGGCGGGCCUCUAAAGAGAAUGGGAUUUGGGGAAGGAUUCAGCGAGGUCGAAAAUGUGUUGGUACAGACAGUCGCUGGAUCUGUAGGAACUAUGCCCUUAGGAUGUGGAUUCGUAGGCGUUGUUCCGGCCCUGGAAUUUCUGCUGAAGCCCUCCGAGAUUCCUGAUUCACAGAAGCCACACGCGUUAGCGACCUCCACGUCUCAAGAGGCGAUGACCGGUAUUCGACUGCCCAUGUCAAAGCUUAUCGGAUGGGCCCUGGGCCUCUGCUUCUUUGGUGUCCUUUUCGCCGUUCCUCUUCGUAAAGAAGUCAUCGUCCGUGAGAAGCUCAAGUUUCCGUCGGGAACUGCGACUGCUUUGAUGAUCGGCGUUCUUCAUGRCGGCGAACUGACGGGUGUAGAGGGUAACAUUGAGCAACAUUCCGCUCGUCGUAGAAGACGACAGCAUUCUGAAGACGACGAAGAGAGUCGAGCUCUUAUCGGUGAUAGUCUGGCGCCAGAAGAGGAAGAGCCGCUCCAGAGGCGUGACAGCCAGAGCGAUGCUGCAAAACGAGACUGGCAGGAGCAGAUUCGGUUAUUGAUAACGUCCUUCUGUGUUUCCGGGGCAUAUACCCUUGUGUCUUACUUUAUCCCCCAGCUUCACUCCAUACCCAUAUUAGGCUCUCAUUUAUCUGAAGUCUGGCUGUGGAACCUGAAUCCGAGCCCGGCUUACGUUGGCCAAGGCAUUAUUAUGGGACCUUCAACGACAAUCCACAUGUUUAUAGGCUCUGUAAUUGGCUGGGCAGUGCUGUCGCCAAUUGCGAAACACGAAGGUUGGGCAUCGGGCCCUGUCUCAGACUGGAACACUGGCUCAAAGGGAUGGAUAGUCUGGGUCAGUCUUGCUAUCAUGCUCGCUGACGCGAUUAUCAGCUUAGGAUGGCUCGUCAUGCGACCUGCUAUCUGGUAUAGUCGGGAGUACGGCCCCGAGAUCUUUCGCGGUAUGCGACGCAGAGGGGUAUUUAGGUACCUCAGGGAAGUCUCGCGGCCUUUAGUAAGAGGGUACAGUCCAGUAAAUCUAGAGGAUCCGGUCGAUGGCGAUACCCACCAUGCUUUGAGGAAGACGAAAUCGGCGAUGGAUAUUGAAGAGUACGAUGCGCCCCCUGAGCAUCAGAUUGGCGUGAAGACGACCCUCAUCGGCCUAUUUUUGUCGCUGGUCUUCUGCAUCGGUGCUGUGCAGUAUUCCUUUGCAGGAAUCAUCAGCAUUGGACUGACAGUCCUUGCGCUCGUACUUGCCCUACUUUUGAGUAUCAUGGGCGUACGAGCGCUUGGAGAGACUGACCUCAAUCCCGUCUCGGGCAUCAGCAAACUCACCCAGCUCAUCUUUGCAGCUGUUGUCCCAGCUGGAACUCCUAAUGCCGUCACGAUUAAUCUCAUAGCUGGUGGAAUAAGUGAAGCAGGUGCGCUGCAGGCUGGAGAUCUGCUCCAGGAUUUAAAGACAGGACACCUUCUUGGAGCCAGUCCCAAGGCGCAGUUUAUUGGACAGUUGAUCGGGUCUGGAAUAGGUGCUGUCGUGAGCGCAUGCGUGUAUCGACUCUACACAAAUGUCUACACCAUCCCCGGUGGAUUGUUUCAGGUGCCUACGGGUUUCGUGUGGGUCUUUACAGCCCGGCUGGUCACCGGGCAGGGACUCCCUCCUAAAACGGCAGAGUUUGCGUUUGGCGCCGCGAUUAUUUGGGCACUUUUGACCGUCCUUCGAAUCUAUGGAACCAGACGUAAAGCGGCAUGGGUGCCGUACGUUCCUGGUGGCAUUGCUGUAGCUGUCGGCAUGUACAACACACCGUCCUUCACGCUCGCGCGUACGGCUGGUGGGCUACUGGCAUGGUACUGGACACAAUAUAAGAGAAGGGCAGAAACUCCCAUGAUAGUCCUCGCAUCGGGGUUGAUCUUGGGUGAGGGUUUAUUGAGCAUUGUGAAUCUUGGUCUUGCUAGCGCGAAAGUACCGCAUUUGAUGGUGUGA